GUGUCCGUGUGUCCGUCCAUGUGACCGCCUCUCGCUCCACCGGGCCCGUGGGACGCCCCUGGCCGCACCGUGACCCGCUCCCGGUGUUUCGCUCUCCCCUGGGCCUCAUCCUUCCUGUGAGCGGAGAGUGCGCAAUGGUUUGGAGCCCCUCAGUCAAGGGUCGUCGUAAUCAUGAUUGAUUUCACCGCUUUAAUCAUAGAUAAUUACAGGAUGUGCUGCUCAUUGCUGUGCUGUGUCAGGAGAUGGAUUGGGACCAGUUUGACUUGAACCCUAAAACAAUUGCUGCCCUGAAAAAAGCUGACAUAAAAUCAGUAAAAGAGAUUUUAAACCUCUCUGGAGCAGACUUGCAGAGGCUGAUGAAGCUCUCCAGUGCAGACAUCCAGUGCCUGCUGAAAACAGUCUCUCAUGCCCUGAGAAGGAACAGCAUGCUCACAGCACUUCAGCUCUACCAAGAUAAAGAUCAUUUCACCUCCCAGCACCAGAAGCUGAGCCUGGGAUGUUCAGUGCUAGACAAUUUGCUGAAAGGUGGCAUUCCUUUAGUGGGAAUCACGGAGCUUGCUGGGGAAAGUUCUGCUGGGAAGACUCAGAUUAGUUUACAGCUGUGCCUGUGUGUGCAGUACCCUUACAAGUAUGGUGGAUUAGAGUCUGGAGCUGUCUACAUUUGUACAGAAGAUGUGUUCCCAAGCAAACGUUUGCAGCAGCUCAUAGAUCAACAGCAUAAGCUGCGUGCAGAUGUUCCAGCUGAAAUCAUACAGAAGAUCAGAUUUGGAAACAGCAUUUUUGUUGAGCAGGCAGCAGACCUGGACACCUUCCAGCAGUGCAUCACGAGGAGGCUGUCCCUGCUGCUGGCUCGGGGCAUGGUGCGGCUCGUGGUCAUCGACUCCAUCGCCGCCCUGUUCCGCUGCGAGUUCGGCCCGGCCGAGUCUGCGCUGAAGGCUCGCUACCUGCAGACCUUUGGGGCACAGCUGCACAGCCUAAGCACUCGGUUCAGGACUCCCAUCAUGUGCAUUAACCAGGUGACGGACGCAGUGAGCGAGUCAGAAGCUGCUCAGUGCAGUUGUAGGAUAAUGGGCAGCAAAGUCACCCCAGCACUUGGAAUAACCUGGUCCAACCAGCUGCUGAUGAGACUGAUGGCCAGCCGGACAUCACUGCCCACACCCUCACCUGGAGCAGCAUCACACUGUGCUGGAAGCUCCCUUCCCUUCAUAGCAAAAGCUCUUCAGCCUCUUUCAUCUGAAGGACAGCAAACCACAUCCCCUCAUUCUCUUUGCCAUUGCUAAAGCUGUGUAGCCCCAGGGCAAGGUUUCUGUCUUCUUCGUGAUGCUCUGCCCUGCUCUGUGUUUUGCUGGAUCAGCAUUCUUCAUGGGCUUCUGGAUUGCUGCCUCUGAUGUCCUGUGUCCCUGCUGGGCUUUCAGCUCAGCUGUGAUCCUGAAGGGCACCUUCAGCUCUUUUCAUCCAUUCAGAUGUGACUGCUCUUCUCAGGUGAUUUUUGUUGUUCACUUAGAGCUUCAUGUGGGUUUUCUUCCUGUCUGUGCUAUUUGUCACAUUUUUCUGCUGUCCUGAGACAGUGCCAUGAACUCCGCUUUUCCUAUGGCUGAAUUUUUCCAUUGCUCUGUCCCAUGUGAAAGCAAGCCAGGUGAAGUUACACUGUCCAAAGGCCUCUGUUCUGUGGGUGCCUGCUCCCAUCAGUGAGUGAUGCUCACUUGUAUCACACACUCACCAAGCUCUCGUGUUUCCCCUCUCCUGCUGCUGGCCCAGACAAGAACUCCAUGUUUUUGUGGAGUGACAGCUCAGGUCUGUCCUUUGGCCAAGGAACCCUGUGUUUGUGAAGCAGCUGCCGCCUCUGCCUUUCCCCAGUCACACUCCUUCAGGACAUUCACCCAUCUUUUCACGUGGAAGCAUGCAGCUGGGUAGCUGAAACUUUUGGCUGGCUGUAAACUGCCUCAGCUGGAACUAUGGCAGAUUUCUCAAGGAACAACUAAAUGUGACUCAAGGAAAAGAGACCCUGUGUGACUGCCUCAGGAAAUUCCAGAGGAGAACAGGCACAGCUUGAAGCUGAAAGGAGGGAGACUCGAGCAGAAAGGAUGAGCUGCUUUCAGUGCCUUCUGCAACCCCUUCAGAUGUCUUCAGGGGCCCUUGUGCAAAGAGCACAAGUUGUGUCUAAAUCAUUUUUCUAAAAUGUCUUGAUUCUCUGUAUUUGGAAAUGACUGCACAGCAUUUUGUAAUAAAAUCCAACCAUGAAGCUUAAAAGCCUUUGUGUACUCCUAGGAAAAAGGAGAGUACCACAGCUCAGAGACAGGGCCACCUCCAAACCCUUACCUUCCAUGCCUUCUCCCUAACAACUUCAAUAAAGAUCAAGGAACACAGCACAAGUAACACUCCAGUUCUCUUCUAUUCCUGCCCUGUGUAUCUGGGCUGGAACUGCAGCCAAGGUAAUGUUCAUCCUAUUGUGCUGACUGGGAAAAGCAGCCACAGAGAGAUGUAGCUGAUUAAUGGGAGUCAUCAAACCCCACCUGGAAGUUCAUUUACAGAAGAGCCUCAUCAAAUUCUGGGCUCCAAUCCCAGGAGUCUGCCUCACUGUGAGCCAUGCCUAGAACACUGUGAAACCCCUGAAGGCUCAGUCUCUAAUAUUUUGAUCACUCUUUUUUACAACUUGACUGCUUGCAGGAAUGGCCCUGAAGUGUUAAGUCACAGAUGGAUCUGUAAUCAAAGUUCCAGUUUACUUGGUGAAAAACACUUUUACUAAACAAACAGCAGUAACAUUUUACCUGCUCAAGUGUUCUGAGCCUGUUUUGUUGUUAUUUCUCUCCAGCUGAGUCAGAGUACACUACAGUUUGUCUCCUGGCUCAUGAGCACACACAAACCCUGCAAUCUCAAAUCCAGCUGAGCCCCACUAAGGCUCAGCCAACACUCAGUCACUCCAGUUCCUGCCCCAUCCCCCAGUCCCAGACACAGUCCAGGACAUCCAUCUGACCCAAGUGGGGCUGCAAACCCUCAUGGGAACCAGACACAGCACCUGCCUAUUGAAGCCUUGUGUCAAAAGUGCUGAAAUGUGCUUAAGUUUUAAUAAAUGCAAUUUAAGAAUCUUCC